AUGGGCAUCUAUCGCGCAGUCUCCGUGUCGGCGCGCUAUUCAACCCCCUCGCAGACCAAGGAUGCCGAAGCCACUCUCACAGCGGCCCUGGGCGACGUUGUCAAGGACCAGCCGUUCAUGCGUGUCGGAAUCUUGGACGAGGACACGAACCAGGCCACAUUCUCCCAUCUCGCCGAGAUAAAUCUUCGCAAUCACAUGAAAUGGGUGACCACAAGUGCGACAACACCUGAGGAGUACGAGAAUCAGAUUGCCAAGAUCCAGGGCGAUGCUCAUGAAGCACUUUGGCCAAACAUCGCAACACAAGCGCCUUGGAGGAUCAUUGUCGUUCGACCCAUCGAGAAGCAGUACUUCCAGAUCAUAUUUCUCUUUCAUCAUGGCCUGUUCGAUGGCAAUGCCGGCGGAGAGUUCCAUCAGCAUCUCCGAAAGGCACUUCGGUCUCAACCCCCGCCCCUCGCGGUCGUGGACCCGAUCCUCCUCUUCAAGGAACCACCCGAGCUGCCUGAGCCGUUAGAGGACGCUGUUCCCUUCAAGAACACAUACAUGUUCCUCGCCAAGGCCUUGUGGGAAGCCAAAGCCCCGAACUUCCUGAAGCCACAGAAGAGGCCAGUCUGGGCAGGGAAGCCAGUAGACUAUGACCAUCCUCAUAUCACGCGCAUCAAACCACUGGACUUCUCACCCGCGAUCUUGCAAAGCUUGCUCAAGGGAUCGAGGGAAAAAGGCUCGACCCUGACGUGUACACUCCACGCCUUGAUCCUUGCCUCCAUAUCCAGGAGGACGUCGGCCGAGGAGGCCCAAGCAUUCGCUAGCACGACGCCCAUGAGCCUUCGGAACUACAUGCGCAAGGAUGUCAACCCGAGUCUCAAAAACAAGAUGCGUUGCCUCGUGACCUCCACGUCACACGAUCACCCACCUACCGCUGUAUCUGCGCUCCGCGAGCCUGGGGCCACCGAUGAUCUGAUCUGGCAAACGGCGCGGCGCGUCAAGGCUGACUUGUCCAAGAAGGCAGAGACACUGCCUGUAGAUGAUGUGAUUGGUCUCUUGCCUCUGAUCAAGGACAUCUUCGCCUUCCAUGCUUCAAAAAAUAACAAGCCACGCACUGGAGCGUGGGAGAUUUCCAAUCUGGGCGUCCUCAAGCGGGAAGACGCCACGUCCACCAGCGACGGCGAGCAGGGCUGGGAGAUCCUGCGCGCCAUGUUCUCCAACGGCGCCCAGGUGUCGCAGGCCAUUGGGUUUAACAUGAUCAGUAUCCCAGGCAAGGGCUUGACUAUUGGUAUCAGCUGGCAGGAGGGUAUUGUGGAGGACGCACUCAUCACGGGCAUCGGCGAGGACCUCUUGGAGUUUGCAGCAAGGUGGCACGAGGAAGGCAGAUUCUUGGCCUAG